AUGAAUCAAGCAGUCGGUCAAAUUAUCGAGCAGGGAGCGACGGUUCCCGGUGACAUAGACUGGUCCCCCUUCUUUUACAACACGGUCUUAAUCCCCACCGAUUUUGCGCUUAAGGAGAGUGGCCUCCUCGCGGAGCCAAAAACCCCCGAAGAUGCGAUCAAUCUCUUAAAAAGCAUUUCGUACAACGUCGUCAAGGGCAUGUAUCCAUUUUCCAAGAUAAAAGGCCUACCUCUCGGGUCGUCGAUUCCGCUUCUACUCAACAAUGGCAAGCUUUUCCGGAGAAAAAAAGUAUCCAGAUUUCUGAUGUUCAAAACAACAGAAGUGGCGCUCGCGCUGAAGGGGAAACCGAAAGGCAAUUGGUCGACGAUCGUUGGCAAGAAUCUGCACAAGGGAAGCAGCUUCAUUGCUAUUGGCUGUACCAAGGUAUGGUAUGGGACAGGGGUGGGGUAUGGGAAUAAGGUGCUGAAGCAGGCAGGCAUGGAGGAGGACGAUCGGUCAAUCGCGGCGCCCGAGGGGAAGAACAAGGCGAUCGACUACGACAAGCUCGAGAGGGACGUGGACCACCAGCGAGAUGUGGCUCUCAAGGAAGGCAGGUUGACUGAAGCUCUCGAUGCGCUGCUGGGCCUGGAGAAGCAGAUGCGCCUGGCUGCUGACGUGGUCGGGACGCGCACGGUGGCAGUGGCCAUUCUCAAGGUCUGCCAUGAUGCAGCUGCGUGGAAGCUUCUAAACGAGCAGAUUGUUGCGCUGUCGAAGCGCCGAGCGCAGCUGAAGCAGGUGGUGGCGGCAAUGGUGCAGGAGGCCAUGAAGUACGUGGAUGACGCCCCAGAUGACGUCAUCCGCGAGGAGCUGAUCAAGACGCUCAGUGGGGUCACGGCGGGCAAGAUCUACGUGGAGAUAGAGAGGGCGCGCCUGGUGAAGCGCCUAGCGCGCAUGAAGGAGGCAGAGGGCAAGGUGAAGGAGGCGGCUGAAAUCAUGCAGGAGGUGGCGGUGGAGACAUUCGGAGCCAUGGCAAAGACUGAAAAGAUCGACUUUAUCCUCGAGCAGGUCCGCCUGUGCCUCGAUUCAGGUGACUUCAUGAGGGCACAGAUCCUCGCAAAGAAGAUUAGCCCACGUGCAUUUGCUUCUGAGACCGUGGAGGCUGCUGAGAAGGCCAAGGCGGAGGCCGCUGCAGCAGCAGCGGGUGGCGGGGGGAAGGAGGAGGGGAAGAAGAAGCGGAAGGGGCCCAAGGAGGAGGGGGAGAUUCAGCCUGCUGCGCCUGAUGUGCCCACGCUGGUGGAGCUGAAGCUCAAGUUUUAUGAGCUCAUGAUCCGCUACCACACAAACGCGAGUGACUAUCUGGAGAUCUGCCGGUGCUACCAGAACAUAUACGACACGCCAGCAGUCAAGGCCGACCAGGAGCGCUGGAUCCCGGUGUUGAAGAAAAUAUGCUGGUAUCUGGUGCUGGCGCCUCACGGCAGCAUGCAGUCGUCUCUCCUCCACUCCACCUUUGCUGACCCGCACCUCCUCGACCUCCCUAAGUUCCGUGCCUUACUGAAGCUGUUUAUAACGAUGGAGGUGGUGGGGUGGCCGCAGCUUCAGGCGGAUUACAGCGUGGAGAUGCAGGAGGAGAAACCCACCAUCUUCCUCAAGGACUCGGCUCUUGAAGACCUGCGCCUGCGCGUCAUUCAGCACAACAUCCUGGUGGUCUCCAAGUACUAUGUGCGCAUCACCAUGGCACGGCUUGCCCAGCUGCUCUCCCUCACUGUCCAGGAGGCGGAGAAGUUUCUAUCAGACAUGGUGGUGGAGAAGGUGCUGGUGGCUAAGAUUGACCGGCCGGCGGGGAUUGUCACAUUUGGCGAGAGGCAGGAGAGCGGGGUGCAACUGCUGGAUAAAUGGGCGAGCGACAUUGCGAAGCUGCUUGACCUUGUGGAGACGAGCUGCCAUCACAUUCACAAGGAGGCGAUGGUGCACAAGGUGCCGUCUGUCGCCGCCAUGGCGCAAGCGCUGACCAUGAGCACUUCGCACGCGACAUCUGUCGCACGCGCAGAUCUCAUCUCUGCGACCCGCCGUGGCGCCACGUCAGCAGUCAGUCCACGUGUCGCCCUCUCUCAAGCUCACCUCUCGAGUCGGCUGCUUAGCGGCAGGCUGAUUCCCGAUCGUGUGAUCCUCCGAUCGCAGAUCUCUCGCCGGCCGUCGCACGCGAGCCAAUUCAAUCGCUCACUGUCGCACGUCGUCGCAGCCGUUAGCGCAUCCGUCGCAGUAGAGGAAGCAGACGUCGUUAUCGUCGGUGCCGGCGUGUCGGGUCUUUGCACGGGACUCGCUCUUACCACGGAUCACGCGGACACUGUAUCGAAGGUGAUUGUAACGGAAGCGCGGGAUCGCGUGGGCGGUAACAUCACGACGGUGGUCGGCGAGCCGGGGACGGCGAACGAGGGGUAUCUGUGGGAGGAGGGGCCCAACAGCUUUCAACCCAACGACGCCAUGCUCAAAUGCGCGCUCGACAGCGGCGUCAUCGACCAGCUGGUUCUUGGAGAUCCCGAUGCUCCGCGCUUCGUCUUCUGGGAGGGCCGCCUGCGCCCCGUGCCCGCGGGCCUGCUGGACCUGCCCGUGUUCGACCUCAUGUCCAUCAUCGGCAAGAUCCGCGCUGGUCUCGGCGCGUUUGGACUCCGCCCCGCUGCUCCCGAGGGCAAGGAGGAGAGUGUGGAGGAGUUUGUGAGGCGCAAUCUGGGCGCGGAGGUGUUCGAGCGCCUCAUCGAACCCUUCUGCUCCGGCGUGUACGCAGGAGACCCAUCCAAGCUGAGCAUGAAGGCCGCGUUCGGCAAAGUGUGGCGCCUGGAGCAGCUGGGGGGGUCCAUCUUUGGCGGCUCCAUGAAGCUGAUCAAAGAGAGACAGGCCAACCCGCCACCUCCCCGUGACCCGCGCCUGCCAAAGCCCAAGGGGCAGACAGUGGGGUCGUUCCAAAAGGGACUCAUCACCCUCCCCACUGGAAUUGCCAACAAGCUCGGCGACCGAGUGAGGCUCGGGUGGAAGCUGACAGCCAUAGAGAAGCGGCCAGGUGGCAGCGGCUUCCUGCUGUCCUACGACACUCCCGAGGGUGCCAAGCAGCUCUCAGCGCGCUCGCUGCUGCUCACCGUGCCCUCAUACGUCGCUGCUGACCUGCUCAAGCCCUACUCAGCAGCAGCGGCAGCAGCUCUGUCAGCCUUCUACUACCCACCCGUGGCAGCAGUGACCAUCUCGUACCCCAAAGAGGCCAUCCGAGAGGACCGGCUGGUGGGCGGCGAGCUCAAGGGCUUUGGGCAGCUGCACCCGCGGACUCAGGGCAUCGUCACUCUGGGCACCAUCUACAGCUCCGUGCUCUUCCCCAACCGUGCCCCGGACGGCCGUGUGCUGCUGCUAUGCUACAUUGGCGGCGCGUGCAACACCAAGAUCGCCACCAUGAGCGAGGAGGAGAUAGUGAAGCAGGUGGACAUUGACGUGCGCAAGAUGCUCAUCAAGCCCGACGCUGUCGCGCCCCUCACGCACGGCGUGCGCGUGUGGCCGCGUGCCAUUCCCCAGUUCAACGUCGGCCAUCUUGACAACCUCGCCAAAGCGCGAGAGGAGAUUAAGGCGGCUGGGCUUGAGGGCGUGUUCCUGGGAGGGAAUUACGUGGCGGGUGUCGCGCUGGGUCGGUGCGUGGAGGGUGGGUAUGAGAGCGCGGCAGAGGUGGUACAUGACCUGAGCCGCAACAUAAAGAUCGGCAAGCUGCCAGUGUCGCUCACAGCCAUGACAGCACUGAAACACCUCGACCUGAGUGGGUGUCGCAUCGGAGGGGUCAUCCCCGCCUUCCUUGGAAGAAUCAAGUCUCUCACCUUCCUGGACCUAUCCGGUUCGGGCGAAGAGGAGGAGGAGGGAAACGGCCUGGGGAGCCCUCUUCCCUCGCAGCUUGUGAAUCUCAAGGCACUCAAAUCCCUUGAUCUAAGCGAGACGGAGAUCGCAGGCAGCAUUCCCCCUUUCUUCUCCACUUUCGACAAGCUCGUGUCCCUAUCUAUUGGCAGCACAAGCAUCAGUGGCAACAUUCCACGUGGCUUCAGCAGACUGGUCAACCUACAAAACUUGCGUCUGAACAAUAACAUGCUGAGCGGCCUCCUUCCCGGCUUCAGUGCUUCAAAGAACCUCCGACAACU